CGGCGGGCUUCGAGGGUCUUUUCCCCCCCAACGGUGCUCCAAUCCUUGCGGUGCCUGCUGGGAAGCUCCAGAACAGGAGGGGAGGUGCGGACAGGUGCCCAGACCUAGUGCUCCUGUACCCUCCUGCUCCCGCGAAGAAUGCCCCGUCCUUUACGCACCGCGCUCCCCAGAGCCAGAGAAGCUCCGAGAGCUCUAAAACUUUUCCGAGACUGCGCCCCGGGCUUGGCAAACUUUAGCAAGUUCCUGCUCCAGGAGUCCCGCGGGCUGCGCGCUGGCCCGGCGCAGGCGGAGCGGCUGAGGAGCAAAUGAUGGGCGCCUUCAGCUCCUUCCUUGCCAAGAUCAGACAACGCCCCCUACCACCCUUUGCGGGCUGGCGCUCCCUGGGGCUUGCCUCUGCGCUCCCGCGGACUCGUACGCCUCCUCUGAGCCGUCGGCCGUGAGUGAAUUCGAAUCCGGCGGUUUUAACAGGCGCAGUUGGAGACGCAGCGGUCUGGGACUUGCAUCUGGCCGGGCAGGGGAGGGGUGCUUCCUAGGCUCGGUUCCAAGGUCUGAGUUUUAAGGAAAGGUCAGAGAUCCUUCCUUAAAUGUUCUUGGACUCAACCCACUUGAAUGUGGACACCGCGAAAGCAGUAAAGGGAUCCAAGCGAGUGACUUAGGAGGCACCGCGCGUCUCUCAGAAAGUUCUCGAGAAUACGGUGUCGGUGAAACCUGGUUCCUCCCCUUUUGGGAAUGAAACUUGCUUACCGCCUAGGCUAAAAGCCAUGGCGAGUCAGUUGACUCGGAUAGCGGUGCCGACGGUGGCACCGAGGCACGGCUGUCGCAGGAGGUGUCGCAUUCAGCGAAACCCUUUCGCACAAGUCGCCAGGCCGGAGGAGCCGAGUGGGAGGGGAGUAGGAGGAGGACGAGGAAUUUGAAGAGCACAGUUUCCCCGGCCAGAACAUCCCCCCGACGAUGGCCGAGGACAGCAGCAGUACCAGGGAGUGCGUGUCCUUCAGUGUGCUCAACUGGGAUCAGGUCAGCCGGCUGCAUGAGGUCCUGACUGAGGUCGUGCCCAUCCACGGACGAGGCAACUUUCCAACCUUGGAGAUAACCCUGAAGGACAUCGUCCAGACCGUCCGCAGCCGGCUGGAGGAGGCAGGCAUCAAAGUGCAGGACGUCCGGCUGAACGGCUCUGCAGCUGGACACGUUUUGGUCAAAGACAACGGCUUGGGUUGCAAAGACCUGGACCUGAUCUUCCACGUGGCUCUUCCCACCGAGGCAGAAUUUCAGCUGGUCAGAGAUGUGGUUCUGUGUUCCCUUCUGAACUUCCUGCCCGAGGGCGUGAACAAGCUCAAGAUCAGCCCCGUCACUCUCAAGGAGGCCUAUGUGCAGAAGCUGGUGAAGGUUUGCACGGACACAGACCGCUGGAGCCUGAUUUCCCUCUCCAACAAGAACGGGAGGAACGUGGAGCUCAAGUUUGUCGACUCCAUCCGGCGUCAGUUUGAGUUUAGUGUGGACUCUUUCCAAAUCAUCCUGGAUUCUUUGCUUUUCUUCUACGAUUGCUCCAAUAACCCCAUCUCUGAGCACUUCCACCCCACCGUGAUCGGGGAGAGCAUGUACGGGGACUUUGAGGAAGCCUUUGACCAUCUGCAGAACAGACUGAUCGCCACCAAGAACCCAGAAGAAAUCCGAGGUGGGGGGCUUCUUAAGUAUAGCAACCUUCUUGUGCGGGACUUCAGGCCCACGGACCAGGAGGAAAUCAAAACUCUGGAGCGUUACAUGUGCUCCAGGUUUUUCAUUGACUUCCCAGACAUCCUCGAACAGCAAAGGAAGUUGGAGACCUACCUUCAAAACCACUUCGCUGAAGAAGAGAGAAGCAAGUAUGACUACCUCAUGAUCCUUCGCAGGGUGGUGAACGAGAGCACCGUGUGCCUCAUGGGCCACGAACGCAGGCAGACCCUGAACCUCAUCUCUCUCCUGGCCUUGCGCGUGCUGGCAGAACAGAACAUCAUCCCCAAUGCCACCAACGUCACCUGUUACUACCAGCCAGCUCCUUACGUCAGCGAUGGCAACUUCAACAACUACUACAUUGCCCAUCCUCCAGUUACCUACAGCCAGCCUUACCCUACCUGGCUGCCCUGUAACUAACCUUGAGACCUGAGGGUUCCUGCAGUGGGAACCCUGUAGGGCAAGGGCUCUCAGGUAGGGGAGCCUCCUCCUAGAUGUAGGUGUUUGGCUUUUAAAGGGGAACUCAGCUCUGAUUCUGCUUUUUUUUUUUUUCCUUUGUGUACCCAUUGGAAUGGGUCUGCAGUAUAUCAUGAGCCAACCCUAAAAAAAAAAAAAAAAGACCCAUAUAACAGUGCCACUUUGGAAAAUGCUAUAGGAAGUGUGACCUAUCCACAUCUUUCCAAGAUAGACACUAACAUGUCACAUCCCAAAGGUCAGCACAUGGGGUUUUGAGCUCUGUGCAAUACUUGGGAUUGGGAGUGCUUGGGCAGCAGAUGAGAAGUUUUAAGCUACUUCUUCUCAGCUGAGCCUGGAGGAGGCUAUGUUGGCCCUCACUCGGGAUUCUCAGCAAUGACACGAACCUAUGUUGUGCUGAUAAUCUCUCUUGUGUCAGUUUUAGUCAGGCAGAAAACGAUAAACAUGAGGGUGCUCUUAUGACUUAAUUUUUGUUCACAGGACUAAAUUGCAUAUGUCUAGUUCCUGUCAGCAGAGCUGAGAAUUUCUUUCAUCAAUAAACCAAAGCCAAUAGCUGGAGACUUGAGAUCUGGUUGGAAGUGGUUUAUGGUUUAGAUGCUGUGCUAUCUUGAGGAAUUAUGAAAUAUUGCUGAGAAAAAGAAAGAUGACCUUUUCUUGAAAUGUAACUUGAAAACAAAAUAAAAUGUGGAACAUAA